UUUUAGACGAGUUUUGUGCAAAUGUGUGUGUGCUUUGGGUGAUUUUCGUCGCGACGACGGAGGUAUUAUUUUUUGCAAAUUUCUGACUUUAAUACCAAUUGUGAUAGUUAUGUGAGUGAUAAGGGGUAUUCAUUGAUCAAUAAACUGCACGGUGAGUGUGUUUUUUACGUGGCCAAGUAGGCCAGAGGAUUAUAGAGGAUUUUUUUGGGGCUGGCCCCAUUGCAGAUCUUGGCCCAGGGAGAAGGGCAAGAGCGAAAAAACAAAAAGGGUUAAAAGGGAGGAAAGAAAAAGGGAAUCCAAUGAAGUGUUGUGAAAAAUGCAGAAUAACAAUGUGAAGAAGGAAACAUUUCAGUUACUCCAGUACUCAGAUGACUCCAAGAGUCUGUCGGAUCUUGAGUUGACUGAAAUAGUUGUGCCAAGGAAACGGAAAGUCCGCAGGAAAACAAAGUCAAAGGGAGGCUACAAGCAGAAACAGCCACCACCGCCAGUUCCUGGUGGAUGCAAAAAUCUCGGUUUGUGGAUUGCCAUUGUGACAACAUGGUGCUGGCUCCUGAUUCUCUCCUACAUCAUUGCCGUGGUCAAUACGGGCAAUCGUCAGUUGGACAGGCAACUGCAGAAGGUGUCUGCAACAACACAGAAUGUGCCCCAGUCUCUGCAGGAAUGGCAUGAGACAUCUCAGUACUUAGAGGCCAAUCAGACAGCCAUAGUGACAAAAUUGCAAGAUGUCCAGCAAACUCUGAGGAAUUUCACAGAAGAGGUGGCUCAGCUGAAGGCAAUGGUGCACAAAAAGGCAGAAAUUCCUGAUGACAAUGAGAAAAUGUCUGUCCUUCAGACGAGUAUUGCGGACUUUGGGGCAAAAAUUAAGGAUCUCUCCACAGCCGUUGAGGAUCUCAAGGAUCAUAUGGCGCGAAUUCAGCAGGAAGUGCACAACAAUACUGCCUUCAAUCAGCAUCUGCAGGAGAUAUCGCUGGAGAAGAGGGUGAACGAUUCCCUAGUGAAUCUGAAUAGUUCAGUUCCACAGCAAAAUGGAAAUAUUGCAAAUAUUACAGCAAUGUUCACGGAUAAAAUAGCCAAAAUGAAUGAUAGUCUCAAUGCUAUCAAUAAUGUCCUGAGUCAGAAGACAAAGAGCAUUGAGGAGGAUGAGAUGAAUCAGAAGAAACACAUUGACAGACUGUACGACAGUGUGUCCAAUACAUCGUCGCAUGUUUCGUCAAUUGAAGAGGAUUGGUCCAAGUUUAAGCAGGAUGUGAAAGAUCUGGAAGCUGCCAAGGAAACCACGGACACGAGAUUGGGAAAUCUGGAGAAUUCCAGGGACAAUUUAAUGAGAACCAUUGAGAAGAUGCGUGGAGAGUCACAAACGCAGAAUGAGAGAUUUACCAAAGAUAUUGGCAUGCUUCAGCAGCACGUGCAGCGUCUUGCUUCAGCUCAGGAUGCCCUUAAACAAAAUACAGCUCUAGCAAAUUCUGGACCACUGCAGCCAUCCACACCACAAGUAGCUAACACAGUUGCCUCGUCAAAUACAAGUGGCUCACUCAACAUCGAAAAGUAGAAUUGGUUAGUUUUAGUAGAAUGAGAGAGAGAGAGAGAGAGACAGACAGACGGAGAGGAAGGUGAUGAUUUUUUUCUUUUUAUUCGAUAAAAAUAAUAAUAGAUUUUUAGGAUUAAUAACACGUGUGAUGAUUGAGAAUGCAGAAAAAAAUAAUUUCAUCACAUUCUACUGCAUUCGAUAACGGACAUUUCUUCUCAACAUCUGAGGCAGUAUUUGUGUGUAUGAAAAAAUGCCUUUACUCAGAUGAAUGGGAAGUUCUUGCAAGAAUUUUAACUGUUCCAAAAUAAUUUAAUAAUAAUUGUCCUAAUAUUUACCUUGUAGAAAAAAAUUGUGUAGUUUCUUAGUUUCAUUUGAGUUGUAAUGAUUUUCUUUUUCUUGUGAUUUUACCCAGCGAUAUAAUAGAACAUUGUAGACGGGAUGGGAUUUUAGUAAAAAAAAAAUGAGUGCUAAAUUUACCAAGGAGUAUUGAGUCAAAGUUUAUUUGCCACUAGAUUUUAUUUUUAAAAUAUAUAAAAGUUAAAUUCUUUUAAGGUAAAUAAUAAAUAAAUUCAAUUGAUGAAUUUUCAAUGCGAA